CCUGUUGCUUGUCAUGUAGGAAAACAAACGUACAUAAACGGAAGCGAUGUGGGUGUUAUGUGUAUGAGCUAAUAAUGUAUAAAUUUCUGCCAUUUUUCUAGCAAAUCUUAGAUAGCCCCUUCCUUUUUCAUGCCCCACAAGUCUCUUCCUCUCUCUUUCUCCCUGAUCACAUCAUAUUAGUGGGAAUCCUUUUUUCUUAACAACCUCUCUUUGAGUUAGGAGAGAAGGAGAUGGAAGCAACAAUGGGAAGAAAAGCUCUCCUCCUUUUCUUUUCCUUGGCUAGUUUUACUUUUGUUCAUGUCUGUGGAGCGUAUUCUCCGGUGGAUCAACUUUCCGAUCGCCAUUACCGUGAGAAAAUUCGAAAAAUGCAAGCCUUCAGGGCAAACUUUUUCCGGCAUGAUUCUGUUCCUCUUCCACCAUCAGCCUCUCCUUCUCCUAGCUAUGAACGGCCACCACCGGGUGCACAAAGUGCACGCGUCUAUCAUGUGACAUCGUACGGUGCAGAUCCAACGGGGAAAAGCGACAGCACAGUGGCACUCCUUCGAGCAAUAUCAGAUGCAGUCAAAGGUACAACCACAGGAUCAUUGAUGAAGGAAAUACAAAAUCUUGGGGGUGCACGGAUUGAUCUUGAUGGUGGCAAUUACCUGAUUAGCCAAUCCCUUCGAUUGCCGGCCACGGGCGUCGGAAACCUCAUGAUACAUGGAGGAACAUUGCUUGCCUCGGACGAUUUUCCUGCUGAUAGGUAUUUGAUUGACUUGUCUGCUUCACCGACCACUACUAAUGAAGAAAACACAGAGAGUCCUGCCAUGGAUGAACUGGAAUUAUCCUCCACCUCAUCCUACUAUUAUGAGUUCAUAACCCUCAAAGACCUCAUGUUGGAUUCAAACUACAGGGGUGGGGGCAUUGCGGUCAUUAACUCACUUAGGACUAGCAUAGACAACUGUUACCUAGCCCAUUUCACCACCAAUGGGAUUCUAGUCCGUGGCGGCCAUGAAACCUACAUCCGUAACUCCUUCCUCGGCCAACACAUCACUGCCGGUGGUGAUCCCGGCGAAAGAAACUUCUCAGGAACCGCAAUAAACAUUAUUGGCAACGACAAUGCUGUCACCGACGUUGUGAUUUUUUCAGCUGCUACAGGAAUAAUAGUUUCAGGUCAAGCCAACAUAUUUUCUGGGGUGCAUUGCUACAACAAGGCCACAGGCUUCGGCGGCACCGGGAUUUAUCUGAAAAUGCCCGGUUUGACGCAAACCCGGAUCGUGAAUUCUUACUUGGAUUACACCGGAAUAGUUGUAGAAGACCCUGUGCAGCUCCAUAUCUCCAAUAGCUUUUUUCUUGGUGAUGCAAACAUUGUUCUAAAAUCAAUAAAGGGGGUUGCCAAUGGAGUCAACAUCGUUGACAACAUGUUUAGUGGUCAUGACACAGGAGUUGAAAUUGUUCAGUUGGAUGAAUCCAAAGGGUCUUUCAAAGACAUUCAACAAGUUGUGAUUGAUAGGAACAAUGUGAAUGGGAUGAACAAGAAGGCAACCGUUGCAAGAGGGUCUGUGAAGGGGACAGGAAAUUCAUGGACCGUCGAUUUUAAUAAGGUUCUUCUAUUUCCAAACCUUAUUAGGCACGUGCAGUAUUCGCUAAGCACUGCCGGAAGCCACUUCCCGAAUCAUGCAUUGAGGAAUGUUUCCGGCAACCGAGUUGAGAUUCAAACCGACACCGAUGUUCCGGCGGAUGUGUUUGUUAUGGUAGAUCAAGGGGUAGCAAGUUUAUAAGUACAAGGUGAUGACCUAAGCUUUGGGAUCAAGAAGUUCUAAUUUCCAACUGUGAAUAGGUCGGAAGAUUGAUCCAUUUACUCAUGAUAAACCUUUUUAUUUUUUAUUUUUUAUUUUUUACUUUUUUAUAAUUAAAUACAAAGAUCUAAAAUAGUUUGACAGCAAAAAAUAUGUAGUGAUGAUGAUGGAAACGUGUAAUAGAUAUAAAUUAAAUAAAUAUAUGAAAGUACACCAUG